GAAAGUGAUUGACAGAUGAGACCGAACUGAUCUCACAUGUUUUGAUGGUGUCUGGGAGGCUCAGUGUUGAUAACACUGUAGCCUACGUCGUGAUAACUAAUUUGUUUUCGAUAAUGUUGGUACUUGACAAAGGUGUUUUCAGUGUCGGAUCAGAUGAAGUGUCAGUGAUGGAGGGAGAUUCAGUCACUCUAUACACUGGUGUUCAAACAAUCCAACAAGAAGAUAUUAAAUGGUAUUUUAAUGACACUCGCAUCGCUCAAAUCAAUGGAGAUCUCAAUAAGUCCUGUACAGAUGUUCAGUGUAAUAAAGGCACUGAGAGAUUCAGAGACAGACUGAAGCUGGAUCAUCAGACUGGAUCUCUGACCAUCACGAACAUCACAAACACACACUCUGGACUCUAUGAAGUGAAGAUAAUCAGCAGCAGAAUCAGUGGAAAUAUCUUCAGUGUUUCUGUUCAUGGUGCUGUUUCUGCUGCUGAAAUAGAUGAAGUGACGAAAAACAAGGGAGAAUCCGUCACUUUUGAUCCUCCUGUAGCAAGAAAACCAAAUGAUGUGAUGAUGUGGUAUUUUAAUGGCAUUCUCAUUGCUGAAAUCAGUGGAGAUCCAAAUAAAACCUGUACAGAUGUUCAGUGUGAAGAUGGAGACGAGAGAUUCAGAGACAGACUGAAGCUGGAUAAUCAGACUGGAUCUCUGACCAUCAUGAACAUCAGAAACACACACUCUGGGGAAUAUAAACUACAGAUCAACAUCAUCAACAGCAGCUUCAGCAUCACUAGAGUGAAGAGAUUCAAUCUGGCUGUCAUUGGAGGGGGAUGAUGACCCAUCACCUGAUCCCAAUGACAUUCCUUUGGGGCAGAUGGGACAUCCUUAAAUCAGACUCAGGCCGAGGCUCCCAAUAAAAAAAUGUAACGUCAUAAUUUCGAUACAUUGAAAUGGGCACUGAAGAGAAUUUGGAAAUGAUGGAAAAAGAUCUAUUCCAAGAUUUCAGAGGUCGGACUCGGUACCAAUACCUGUGAAAUGUAAAUGGGCUGAGUGACGUAGGGUCGCAUCAGACACACACUAAUUAUUCAUUACAUACAAAGGUUUAUGAAACUCCAAAACUAACAUCCCAAAUGAA